AUGACCAUCUCCCAGGACCAUGACCUGCGAGGGAGCGCCACCGAGUCCUCCGCUCUUAGGAAACCUUUGAAACCGAGAGGGCUUUUGGAUGGCUACAAGUCCUACCAUGUGACACCCGUGAUUGGAACCGAGUUUCCCGACGCCAACGUGGUGGAGUGGAUGAGGGAUGCAAACAGUGAUGAGAUGCUGCGAGACUUGGCAGUGACUGUCUCUCGCCGGGGUGUCGUGUUUUUCCGAGCUCAGACCGACCUCACGGAUGAGCUUCAGAAGGAGUUGGCUCUUCGCCUGGGUCGCUUGACGGGCAAGCCGGAAUCCUCAACGCUUCACAUCCACCCACUGGCCAACUUCGAUCCCGAACGGGACCCGUAUCUCAACAUCAUCACCACCGACCAGGCCGCUAACCCUGCAGAGGACCUUUGGAAAAACAGACCUGCCGAUAUCCGAAACAGCUGGCAUACAGACACGGGCUACGAGCCCAACCCCGCCGACUACUCCAUCUUGAAGCUGAUCAAGCUGCCCAAGACCGGCGGAGACACGUUGUGGGCCUCAUCUUGCGAGAUCUACGACAAGAUUUCUCCUGCCUACCGCAGGUUCCUCGAAGGCCUGACAGCCGACUUCUCCCAGUCCAGACUGCCGACCGUGGCUGCUGCAAAGGGAUUCCAACUAUAUUCCAGUCCCCGCGGGUCGCCCAACAACGUUGGCAGUUCUCUGAGGGCCGUCCACCCCGUCGUUCGCACCAACCCUGUCACGGGAUGGAAGAGUCUUUUUGCCGUGGGCAAUCACGUCGAGCGCAUCAACGACGUAACGCCGGACGAAAGCAAGAGAUUGCUCGACUGGUUCCUGCAGAUGAUUGUCGAAGAACACGACUGUCAAUUGCGGCAUCGGUGGGAGAACCCCUACGACAUCGCGAUCUGGGAUAACCGUUCGGUCUAUCAUACCGCCAUCUUUGAUUAUGCCGGGCUGGGUGCCCGGACUGGCCAUCGUGCCGUGGGGAUCGGCGAGAGACCAUACCUGGACCCCGGCAGCAAGACCCGUCGUCAAGCUCUUGCCGAGGAAGAGGGAUAG